UGAUAAAUUUUAGUCCCUUCUCCCUCGAUCGUCACGUUUCAAUAUUAUACCUCUUCCAAAAGUUCCCUUAAACUUCCUCUUUUAUAUAAUCUGAUCUCGUACCAACUCUCUCUACUCCCUUUCCUCUCUCGUUUACUUCAGAUUCUAUCCACCCAAAAGUGAAAAUUAAUGCAGCCGUUUGGGGAUCCAGCAACAGAAGCCCUGGCAGCAGCGACCAAGAAGGAGAAGGAGCGGCCAAGUGUGUCAUUUCUUAAGCUCUUCUCCUUUGCUGAUCUCUACGAUUGUGUUCUGAUGGCUCUUGGAUCCAUUGCUGCGUGCAUUCACGGAGCCUCCGUUCCAGUUUUCUUCAUCUUCUUCGGGAAACUCAUCAACAUCAUCGGUCUUGCUUACCUCUUCCCGCAAGAAGCUUCUCAUAAAGUCGCCAAGUACUCUUUGGAUUUUGUAUAUCUAAGUGUGGUGAUACUCUUCUCAUCAUGGAUAGAGGUUGCAUGCUGGAUGCAUACGGGAGAGAGACAAGCGGCGAAGAUGAGAAAAGCUUAUUUGCGGUCAAUGUUAAGUCAAGACAUAAGCUUAUUCGACACCGAAUCUUCCACCGGAGAAGUCAUCUCUGCCAUCACCUCCGACAUCCUUGUCGUCCAAGAUGCUAUCUCGGAGAAGGUAGGGAAUUUUUUACACUACAUAAGCCGGUUCAUAGCCGGUUUUGCGAUCGGAUUUACAAGUGUAUGGCAAAUAAGUCUCGUCACUCUCUCCAUAGUCCCACUCAUCGCUCUCGCUGGCGGUAUCUACGCUUUUGUCGGCACCGGACUUACCGUGCGUGUCCGAAAAUCAUACGUCAAGGCCAACGAGAUCGCAGAAGAGGUGAUCGGGAAUGUGAGGACCGUACAAGCCUUCACGGGAGAAGAAAAGGCAGUGAAUUCAUACCAAGGAGCUUUGAAGAACACUUACAAUUACGGAAGAAAAGCUGGUUUAGCCAAAGGACUAGGACUUGGUUCGAUGCACUGUGUUCUGUUUUUAUCUUGGGCUUUGCUUAUCUGGUACACAAGCAUCGUUGUUCACAAGGGAAUCGCUAAUGGCGGCGAAUCUUUCACGACCAUGCUCAACGUUGUCAUCGCUGGCUUGUCUCUUGGUCAGGCGGCUCCAGAUAUUUCCACAUUCAUAAAAGCGAGAGCUGCUGCAUAUCCGAUUAUUCAGAUGAUUGAACGGAACACGAAUGUGAAAACAGGUCGCGAACUCGGGAAAGUAGUUGGAGACAUCCAAUUUAGGGACGUGACUUUCACCUACCCGUCUCGCCCUGACGUGGUGAUCUUUGACAAGCUAAACCUUGUUAUCCCUGCGGGUAAAGUUGUGGCUCUUGUCGGAGGAAGUGGGUCUGGGAAAAGCACCAUCAUAUCUUUAAUUGAAAGGUUCUACGAGCCUACCGAAGGGGUGGUGAUGCUGGACGGCAACGAUAUCAGAUACUUGGAUCUCAAGUGGCUAAGAGGACACAUUGGUCUGGUUAACCAAGAGCCUUCCCUGUUUGCAACCACCAUUCGUGAGAACAUUAUGUAUGGUAAAGACGAUGCCACCGCUGAUGAAAUUACCCAUGCUGCAAGUCUCACUGAAGCUGUUUCAUUCAUCAACAACCUCCCGGAUGGAUUCGAAACCCAGGUAGGUGAGAGAGGGAUUCAGCUAUCUGGCGGACAGAAGCAGAGGAUCGCGAUUUCGAGAGCGAUAAUGAAGAAUCCGUCGAUACUCUUACUUGAUGAGGCAACAAGCGCACUAGACGCAGAGUCAGAGAAAAGCGUGCAAGAAGCUUUGGACAGAGUGAUGGUUGGGAGGACGACGAUCGUGGUGGCUCAUAGACUCUCUACCGUAAGAAAUGCUGACAUCAUAGCGGUCGUUGGAGGAGGGAAGAUCAUCGAGUCCGGAAGCCACGACGAACUCAUCUCCAACCCUGAUGGAGCUUACUCUUCUCUCCUUCGUAUCCAAGAAGCUGCCAGACCUAACUUGAACCACACUCCAAGCUUACCAAUCAGUACAAAACCCUCGCCGGAACUACCAAUAACAAAGACGGACCUUUUCACCGUUCAUCAACAUGUAAAACAACCGGACACAAGUAAACAUGCCAAAGUAACGUUGGGACGUUUAUACUCUAUGAUACGUCCAGACUGGAAGUACGGAUUCUGUGGUACGUUAGGUUCCUUUGUCUCGGGAGCUCAAAUGCCGCUUUUCGCGCUUGGGAUCUCAGACGCUUUAGUAUCUUAUUACAUGGACUGGGAUACAACUCGAAACGAGGUCAAGAGAAUCUCUAUCCUCUUCUGUUGUGCCUCCGUCAUCACUGUCAUCUCCCACAUUAUUGAGCACACCAGCUUUGGUAUUGUGGGUGAGCGUCUCACUCUUCGAGUCCGACAAAAGAUGUUUACAGCGAUCUUGAGGAAUGAAAUCGGGUGGUUUGAUAAGGUCGAUAACACUAGCUCUAUGUUGGCCUCGCGGCUUGAAAGUGAUGCGACUUUACUUAAAACCAUAGUGGUCGAUAGAUCCACGAUUCUACUGGAGAAUUUAGCUCUUGUUGUGACAUCUUUCAUCAUUUCCUUUAUACUAAACUGGCGUCUCACUCUUGUUGUCUUGGCCACAUACCCUUUGAUUAUAAGCGGUCAUAUCAGCGAGAAACUUUUCAUGCAAGGCUAUGGAGGGAACUUGAGUAAAGCGUAUUUAAAGGCUAACAUGUUGGCCGGAGAGUCUAUUAGCAACAUCCGAACUGUGGCCGCCUUUUGUGCUGAGGAGAAGGUUUUGGACCUUUAUUCUAAAGAGCUUCUAGAACCUUCCAAACGUUCUUUCAGGCGUGGGCAGGUGGCCGGGAUUUUGUACGGUGUUUCUCAGUUCUUUAUCUUCUCCUCCUACGGCCUUGCUCUCUGGUACGGUUCGAUUUCGAUGGAGAAAGGAUUAUCAAGUUUCGAAUCUGUGAUAAAAACAUUCAUGGUUUUGAUCGUAACGGCGUUAGUGAUGGGUGAAGUGUUGGCUCUAGCCCCGGAUCUGCUUAAAGGAAACCAGAUGGUUGCUUCAGUUUUCGAGUUACUGGACCGAAGAACUAAAGUUGUUGGAGAUACUGGCGAGGAGCUAAGUAACGUGGAAGGCACAAUUGAGUUGGAAGGUGUUUACUUCAGUUAUCCUUCACGCCCCGAUGUGACUAUUUUCAGUGAUUUUAACCUAAAAGUUCCUUCCGGCAAAAGCAUGGCGCUUGUGGGGCAAAGCGGGUCAGGGAAAAGCUCGGUCCUUUCGCUCAUUCUCCGGUUCUACGAUCCUACAGCCGGAAUAAUCAUGAUAGAUGGACAAGACAUAAAGAAGCUGAAACUUAAAUCAAUGCGAAGACACAUUGGUCUGGUUCAACAAGAACCUGCUCUUUUUGCAACGUCGAUUUAUGAGAACAUCUUGUACGGUAAAGAAGGAGCUUCUGAAUCUGAAGUCAUGGAAGCAGCUAACCUUGCAAACGCUCACAGCUUCAUCAGUUCUCUCCCGGAAGGUUACUCAACAAAAGUUGGUGAACGAGGCAUUCAGAUGUCAGGUGGCCAGCGACAGAGGAUUGCUAUAGCUAGAGCCGUCCUCAAGAAUCCAGAGAUUUUGCUCCUUGACGAAGCCACAAGCGCCUUGGACGUUGAAUCAGAGCGUGUGGUCCAACAAGCAUUGGAUCAGCUCAUGAGGAACCGGACCACCGUGGUGGUAGCUCACCGACUAUCAACAAUCAAGAACUCAGAUAUGAUUAGUGUAAUACAAGAAGGUAGAAUCAUAGAGCAAGGCAGCCACAGUAGCCUCGUUAAGGACAAGAAUGGUCCUUACUCUAAACUUAUCAGUCUUCAGCAUCAGCAGCAAAAUAAUCCUUAGGAAUGAUUAUUGAAUUGUCAAAACUCUUGUAUGUUUUUUUCUUCAAAAUUUUGAUUUAUUCAAUAUGAUUAUGUUACUCA